CGGAAGUUAAUUUUCAGACAGUGUGAGUUUCUCGUCCUCGCACGCGACAACGUCUCCGCCUCAAAAUUUCUCAUCGGCGAUCGAGCGAGCGAGCGAGCAUCGGGGGGAAAUGGCGGCUCCUUCGGCCUCGAAGCUGGCCGCGGCUGCGGAUAGGUUCGGCUCCGCCGCGCGCCGCCAGGUCCUCACCGUGACCGACGCCGCCGCCUCCAGGAUCCGCCACCUCCUGCAGCAGCGCCAGCGCCCUUUCCUCCGGCUCGGCGUCAAGGCUCGCGGCUGCAACGGCCUGUCCUACACCCUCAAUUACGCAGAUUCAAAAGGGAAGUUUGAUGAGUUGGUUGAAGACAAGGGCAUUAAGAUUUUGGUUGAACCAAAGGCUCUGAUGCAUGUUAUUGGAACUAAGAUGGACUUUGUAGAUGACAAGCUCAGGUCUGAAUUCAUCUUCAUCAAUCCAAAUUCUAAAGGGCAAUGCGGUUGUGGGGAGUCCUUCAUGACGACAAGUAAUUCAGACGCAGCUAAACGUGGAGGCAGUUGAGGAUGUUGCAAAUAAAUGUCAUGACUGAAGCAUAUAUUAGAACACGGAGAAAACCUAUUGUCCCUGUCAAUGGAAAAUAUUCAGCUAACCACUGUUUGUUAGAUCCUGGCUGAAAUAAAUAGCAUCGCUUCCUCUUUUGUCCCUUUUAUUCUGGGGGAAGGUUGCAAAAUCUUUUGUUUGUCUGAAGAUCUUUUGUCUUGGGGCAACUUCUGUGUAUACCGGCUUCAUGAACAGAUGUGCAUUUCCACAGCGUAAAUAACAGGCAGAGUUGUGCGAUGUGGUCAUAUUCUCAUUUGUGCU